UAAACUGAAAACUUGCCGCAUAAAAUUAUCUACAGGUAUUUUUGAAUUCCUAAAAACGUGUUGUAGAACCAUCAAAAGACCAUGUAUCAUGAUCCAUAUUUAACUAUAAGCUGCUUUUUGUCAAAAGAUGAGUCGCGCAGUGGAGUGUAAGAGGUCACACAGCUGUCACAUGGUAUUUUAGAUCACUGGAAGAGAACUUUGAACAUUGUAUCAGUGAGGAAAAUAAGGCCCUCAAGAGUGGAACGAUUUGUCCAUGAUCUCUUAGCUAGCUUUUGAACUGUGUGGAAGUUGAAAUGGCAGUAUGUAUUCAUGAUUACAUUAGCAUUUAAAAAAUUUUUUUAAAUAAGUAUUACAUCAGUUUUGGUUUUUUAAUUGCCUCGUAAGAAGCAGCUCUAAUUUUAAGGGUGCUGUAUUUAUUGACUUAAUUGUAACUGCAUGGUCCAUACUACUUUUGGCUACAUGUUAACACAAAAUUAUUAAAGUUUAACAAUUACUAAUAUAAUUACUAACAAUUAAUAUAUUUUAAAAACCUACGAUUAUAGGCUUUUGGUGGAUUUUCCAUUAUUGGAUGACAUAUAACUUUUGGAGGGAGGAGCAUAGGUCUUAGUGUAGAAUAUAAUUUGCUUUUGAAAAUGAGUGAAAUUAAUGCAGAUUUGUAAUAUUAAGAUCUUUACUAGAAUAAUCAAAGCAUACAGUUGUUUACUUUGUAUAUCUCAGUGGAUCCACCUAUGGGUAACAUUAGAUAAUUGCUUAACAGUUCUUGGAUAAUUAAGUGAAAUAAAAACAAAACACUUUAAAAGAAACUGCACUAAAAUUGGAAUAAAAUAUCUUAAGUGUUCAGUAAACAAUGCAGAAAAGGACACUAUAUUUCUUAUAUUGUCCCUAUCCCAAAAGGCAUUUUUAAUUUGUGCAACAGAAUAACACCAGUUAUCAUUCACUUUUGCAGUUCUAUAACUUGUUUUGGAAACGUAAAAUCUAAAUUUACUCAUAUGGUCGGUAUAUUUUAAUUAAUAAAGACUAUUUUUAUCUGUGUCUAGGAGAAUGUGAUUGCUUUAAGAUCACAAUGUAGGUUAUAUCUUUAAGGAUCUUCAAAGUUAAUUUUACUUUUAAAGUAUUUUUUUCUAAUGUUUAUUAUGUAUGCCUUUCUCUCUGAAGGGAAAAAAAAUAACUGCAUGCUUCUAUUUUAAUACUUGUCAUGAGAAAACUGCUUGAUUCAUACUCACCUCGUAUUAAAUUAAUAUGUUUUAAUAGCAAGAUCUCAAGCCUAUUACUUUUUGUAAACUAGUUAAGGAUAUUCUGUUGCCUGUACAUAUUUUAUUUUUUAAAGAUCAUAUAAAUUCUUAGCUCAGGUCUAAAAUUUGAGUUUGAAUUGUAAACUCUUUAAAUGCCUAUAAUUUAAAUAGAUAUAUUUUCUCCAGCCUCUUCUGAAACAAUCUCCUUGGAGCAACCAUCAGAACAGUGGCUGGGGCACUGGAAGUAUGUCGUGGGGAGCAAUGCAUGGCAGAGAUCACCGUAGAACUGGAAACAUGGGAAUUCCAGGAACUAUGAAUCAAAUAUCUCCAUUGAAGAAACCGUUUUCUGGUAAUGUCAUAGCACCACCGAAAUUUACUCGCUCAACUCCAUCACUGACUCCAAAAUCUUGGAUUGAAGAUAAUGUGUUCAGAACAGACAACAAUAGUAACACACUCUUACCCUUACAGGUGAGAUCUAGUUUGCAGUUGCCAGCUUGGGGCUCAGAUUCACUCCAAGAUAGUUGGUGCACUGCAGCCGGAACAUCCAGAAUAGACCAGGAUCGAAGUAGAAUGUAUGACAGUUUGAAUAUGCACUCUUUGGAAAAUUCCCUUAUUGAUAUUAUGAGAGCAGAGCAUGAUCCUCUUAAGGGUCGAUUGAGCUAUCCACAUCCAGGAACUGACAAUCUGUUGAUGUUAAAUGCAAGGAGUUAUGGGCGAAGACGAGGUCGUUCUUCCCUCUUUCCAAUAGAUGAUGGCUUGCUGGAUGAUGGUCAUAAUGAUCAAGUUGGUGUUUUAAACUCACCCACAUGUUACUCAGCUCAUCAAAACGGAGAGCGAAUUGAACGCUUCUCUCGAAAAGUUUUUGUUGGUGGUCUUCCUCCAGAUAUUGAUGAAGAUGAAAUAACUGCUAGCUUCAGAAGAUUUGGGCCUUUGGUAGUAGAUUGGCCUCAUAAAGCAGAAAGCAAGUCCUAUUUUCCACCAAAAGGCUAUGCAUUCCUUCUCUUUCAAGAAGAGAGCUCAGUUCAGGCACUAAUUGAUGCUUGUAUUGAAGAAGAUGGAAAACUCUAUCUGUGUGUUUCCAGCCCUACCAUCAAAGACAAACCAGUUCAGAUCCGUCCUUGGAAUUUAAGUGAUAGUGAUUUCGUGAUGGAUGGUUCUCAGCCUCUGGAUCCUCGAAAAACAAUUUUUGUUGGAGGUGUUCCUAGGCCAUUAAGGGCUGUGGAACUUGCUAUGAUCAUGGACCGGCUGUAUGGUGGGGUUUGUUACGCAGGAAUUGAUACAGAUCCUGAGCUAAAAUACCCAAAAGGUGCUGGUCGAGUUGCUUUCUCCAAUCAACAGAGCUACAUUGCUGCCAUUAGUGCUCGAUUCGUCCAGCUCCAGCAUGGUGAUAUUGAUAAACGUGUGGAGGUGAAGCCAUAUGUGCUAGAUGACCAGAUGUGUGAUGAGUGCCAGGGCGCGCGCUGUGGUGGAAAAUUUGCCCCCUUUUUUUGUGCCAACGUCACUUGCCUGCAGUAUUACUGUGAGUUCUGUUGGGCAAACAUCCACUCGCGUGCAGGACGUGAGUUCCACAAGCCAUUGGUAAAGGAAGGUGCCGAUCGCCCACGUCAGAUCCACUUCCGCUGGAACUAGGAAUAGCGAAGCGGCCUCCGGUGAACACGGAAAGGAAGGGUGCAUGUGGCUUACUGUGUCUGAGGACACUGACGUGCAGAAGAGAUGAGUGCUUUCUUCUGCUUUCACCCCGGCUAUCAACACAUGCAUCUCUAUCAGCAGCCAAAACACUACAAGCCUCUUGUUUUUCACCAAAACCCUACAUCUCAGGCUUACUAAUUUUUGUGAUAUUUUCAUGUUAAAAUAAAAUGUUUUUUUGUAUUUUCUCCAA